GUAAUAGUAUCACUAGAGUUACACGCAUCGACCAAUUCACACAUUCACCACCAUGAACGCGGUACUGAUAACAGGCGCGACCGGCAAACAGGGAGGCUCUCUCAUCCGAAACCUCAUCUCUCGGAAAUCUCCCUUGGAGAUCUUGGCCGUCACGCGAGACUCCUCUUCUGCUUCAGCUCAACGGUUGAAACAGCUGUCUUCCAAGAUCAGACUAGUAGAAGGCAACUUGGACAACCCGGCAGACAUCUUUCGCAAUGCACGCGCUCAGACAUCGUCUCCGAUUUGGGGUGUCUUUAGUGUUCAGGUGGCCAUCGGCAGCAACAUCGAUGAGGAAGCACAAGGAAAGAAACUGAUCGAUGAGGCCCUCAAGCAGAAUGUCAAGUACUUCGUCUACAGCUCCGUGGAUCGUGGCGGGGAACGUUCCUGGAACAACCCGACCGAUGUACCUCACUUUCUGAGGAAGCAUCACAUCGAGCAUCAUCUGGUGGAAAAAGCUAAAGGAACCGACAUGGACUGGGUUAUUCUGCGCCCCGUGGCGUUCAUGGAUAACAUGGUCCCCGGUUUCCUGGGCAAGGUCUUUGCGACGUCCUGGAAGAUGGCACUGAAGGAGAAGCCCCUUCAGGUGGUUGCUGUCAGUGACAUUGGUCACUUUGGCGCAGACGCUUUUCUUAACCCGGAUGAGUACAAGGGUCAAGCGGUAUCAUUGGCGGGAGAUGAUUUGACCUUCGAUCAGAUGGCACAGGUAUUUCAGCAGAAGACCGGUCAGCAGCUACCCCUGACAUUCCAGUUCGUGUGUUCCUUGCUGUUGGCCGCUAUCAAGGAUAUGGGAUACAUGUACAGAUGGUUCCAUGACGAAGGUUACCAGGUUAACAUCGGCGAGUUGAGGAAGAAGCACCCGGGAUUGAAGAACUUUGGGGAUUGGCUUGCACAGGAGAGUGAUUUUGUCAAGCGAUAGAUCAUGCUGGUGCCCAUUUUCGGUUUUACGG